AUGCAAAAAGUGGUGGAUAUUAUGAAGAGCGGUAAUAAGCAUAGUUUUCUGGGGUGGUUGGAUUCAUGUGAUGAUAUUGAUAUGAAGGACUCAGGGGGCAAUACGGCGUUGCAUUGGGCCUCCACCCUGGGAAAUCUCGGUGCGGUGACGCAUCUUCUUUUCGCGGGGGCAGAUAUUGACAUGAAAAACAAUAAUGGAGCGACACCGUUGCACUGCGCCGCCACGGAUGGCCACGCAGCCAUCAUUGAACAGCUCUUGCGGCACGGCGCAGAUGCCACAAUAAGGAACCAUGACAAGCAAACUAUGUUUGACGUUCUACGGCAUAUGGGGUGGUCGCGCGUCUCUAUUGCAUACAGGCAGUUGGAAAAGGCCCUCAUUGCCACGACAGACACCCCGCACCAGCAGUGGGAUGUUGCGUUCACAAAAAGGGCGGCCUUAGGAUCUUCUACCCCUUCUGUGCCAAGGACUUCUCUCUCUGUGUCACGUGGCUCAGUCUUGGAAGGCCAUCAUGUGCAUUAUUCGAACGUUGCUCACCACACACCGGUGCGUGCGGUAAGCAUAGACUGCCCUGACGGAUGGGCUUCUAGGAUGUGUGCUAUGGAAGUUGAACUGCUGUGCGCCACCGAGGAGGUGGAGCGCAAUACCGUGACCAACUCAUAUCUGGAAUGGGUGCUGCGCCUCCAAAGUAUGAUUAAAGCUGCAUCAGUUAGGCUGGUACGCAAUGUGCCGAGGGAUGUGGCGGUUGUGCUUGGCGAGAAGCACUCGCCGGAGGGUACACGCCAGUUGCUGGUGCGCCUCGCGGGGGAUCCGGUGGGCGCGGAGGUGUGGGUUGAAGUCACCCAAGUGGCGCACUGCAAAGCAGUGAUUGACUACAUGGACCUUUUUGACCGCACCUACACCACACUGGGCUCCUCAACGUGUAACACAGACACAAACUUUUCCCCUAUACGUGUUCCAUUAGGUACUGUUGAGCAGAAGGAGACUUUCCAGCAGCUGAAAAUGGUAUCGCACCGAUCGUCGCUGUUCAUGCACAACAAUCAAGCGUUGGCUUCAUCAUACUCAAACUCUGCUCCGCUACCCCCACUGCGUGCGUGCUCCAUUGUGGAUCGGGUCCCUGGCCGCACUGCGGCGGAGAUCCUGAUACCGGAGAAACAGGAGCCGGAGCCAGCUCAUGUGGUUUGGCAGUCUGAGUUGCAUGAUUCGCAUGAUGAACCCCCGAAGGAGAGCAACUUGUUAUCAACAUUGAUGUACGCUAGCCACAUGGCCCCGAUGUACGUUAAAUGUGACAGCAGUAAUAAAGACAGAGAAAUAGGAAGCGAAAAUCUCCCCCCUCUCAAUCUUAAGAGCUCCGUGAGAGAGAGAAAUACUGGUGCGUGGAAGGCUCCCGCUCGAGACGAUAUGAAGAGCAAUACGAAACCACAGCCUUCUUUGAAGUGGGAACUCUCCGCGGAAGAGUCAAAGAAGUAUGAUAAGUUUCUUCGGGGAUCUGCUUUAGAGUACUUAAAGCGUAAGGAACGUUUUCCGGAAAUAAAGUGA